CCGCGCUCCGGGUGCCGCGGAGGAGGAGGAGGAGGAGGAAGAGAAGGAAGAAGAACAUCGGGAGCGAUGGACAGCGCGGGGAAGGAGCGGGAGGCCGUGCAGCUCAUGGCCGAGGCCGAGAAGCGGGUGAAGGGCUCGCACUCCUUCCUCAGGGGGCUCUUCGGCGGCGCGAUCCCGCUCAUUCCAGGGGUUCACGGGAUCCGUGUCCCUCCUCUCCCAGCGGCAGGGAACGCCUUCUGCCAGGCAGCCAAGCUCCACAUGCAGCUGCAGAGCAAGCACGACUCGGCCACCAGCUUCGUGGAUGCCGGGAAUGCCUACAAGAAAGCGGAUCCGCAAGAGGCCAUCAACUGCUUAAACGCAGCCAUCGACAUCUACACCGACAUGGGACGCUUCACCAUCGCCGCCAAGCACCACAUCACCAUCGCCGAGAUCUACGAGGCCGAGCUGGUCGACAUCGAGAAGGCCAUCGCUCACUACGAACAGGCCGCGGAUUAUUACAAAGGAGAGGAGUCCAACAGCUCAGCCAACAAGUGUCUGCUGAAGGUGGCGGCCUACGCAGCGCAGCUGGAGCAGUACCAGAAGGCCAUUGAGAUCUACGAGCAGGUGGGGACAAACACGAUGGAUAACCCUCUGCUCAAGUACAGCGCCAAGGAAUAUUUCUUCAAAGCCGCCCUUUGCCACUUCAUCGUGGACGAGCUGAAUGCCAAGCUCGCGCUGGAGAAAUACGAAGAAAUGUUCCCGGCGUUCACAGAUUCCCGGGAAUGCAAGCUAUUGAAAAAACUGCUGGAAGCCCACGAGGAGCAGAACAGCGAGGCCUACACCGAGGCAGUGAAGGAGUUCGACUCCAUCUCCCGGCUGGACCAGUGGCUCACCACGAUGCUGCUGCGCAUCAAGAAAACCAUCCAGGGGGAAGGGGACGGAGACCUCAAGUGACGCCCGCGGGGAUCCCCCCGCCCGGCCGAGGACUAUUAUGGGAUACCUGGCCCAUUUUCCCCCCCUUCCCGCUUUAUCCCGUGGCUUCCCACUCCCAGCGCCCCGUGUGCUCCUUUAGCUCCUGCUCGUCGUGGUGAGGCCGGGCGGCUCCGGCGGAUCCGAGGCGGGAGCCGCUUCCUCCUCGGCUCUGGUGCUGCUCCGCCCUCGCAGCUCCCGGUUUUCCCGCUGUUCUCCUGAUUCCAGCAUGUAACACCUUUGGUCCAGGCCAGCACAGCACAAGUAAUCGCUUCCGACCCCGUUGUGUUGUUCCCAUUUUCCGGUUCUCGGUGGCCCUCCGUUGGAUACACAUGGAUGUGGGGUCCUUUAA